AUGACUAAUAAUGCACCAACCUUCAUCAAAGAUAUUGCAACAUGCGCCAUUUGCCUAGAUUAUUACAAAGAUCCUCGAUUAUUGCCUUGUUCACACACUUAUUGCUACAAUUGUAUAAAUCAAUUAACAAAAAGAAAUCAAUUCAGUUGUCCACUAAAUGAUGAUACAAUUAUUAACGCGGAGGCUAUCAGCAAGCUACCAAUGAAUCGUACAGCAAAGGACAUGGCUGAAUUUUUAUCCAGUAUGACUCAAGAUUAUGCUAACUUAAAAUGUGGAAAUUGUACUACCAACUUAUGCACAUAUUGGUGUGAAAAAUGUGAUAACUACCUGUGUGUUGCCUGUUCUGACAAUAUUCAUUCACAGAAAAUUCUUCAAAGUCAUGUAGUUGUCCCUGCUAAUCAAAAGCCUUCUUCCAAUGUAUGCUCAGAUCAUCCAGAUGAGAAACUAAAACUUUGGUGCGUGACAUGUGAAACGCUGGUAUGUCGGGAUUGUCUUUUAUUCAGACACAAAGAUCAUGUAUACACUAGUUUACAAGAUAUUGCCCAAGAAACAAAAUUGAAAAUCAAAUCAUCACUUCAACCUAUCAGAGAAAAUCUUGAGAAGACUGCAUCGAAAACCCAUCGUACUAUAGAAGAACAACAUCAGAAUUAUGAAGCAACUACGCUAGAAAUUGACGAAACGUUUAAACAAUUGUACAAAUCUCUAGGAAGUAGAAAAAUGAAAUUGAUGGAACAGUUGAACGAAUAUCGGGCAAAGGAAAAAUCUCUGCUAGAAAAAUAUCAAGGUGAUAUCAAUGAACAACUGAAGGCUAUACAAGCUAGAGAGGCUCUCGUCCAACAAAUAUUCAAUAAUAAUGAUAAUAUCCAGAUCAUGAAAAUGAGAAAAACCCUAGUAGAUUAUGAUCAAACAAUUGAUCAACAAUAUCAACGUAUUGAGCAGGGAUGUACUUUUUCGAAAGCUAGUUUCAAUAUUGGUAUAGAUUUGAAACAAACAAUUGAUGAGUACGGUACUAUCAAGACUGAAGAUAUUAUUUUAAACCCAAAUGGUAUUCAACCAAAAAGAAGCUAUAUAUCUUUAAACUUAUCUAGACCUUCAGUUACGAACUCAACUUAUCAAUAUGAGGUGCAGCGUGGUCGUGGUUAUCUAUUUCAGAUGCAGAAACCAUUGAAAAUUCGAUCAGUUCAAUUAGAAGCAUCGAUACAUGGACAAGUAGUUGCUUAUGUAGUAAAUAAUACAGGAUCUGUUAUCAAGAAGGAAUCAUUUAUUUCGAAUGACACGACUAUGAAAUGGACAACGAUUCCGAUCAUUGCUGAAUUGAACACUGGGUACUCCAUUUUAGUCUGGUCACCAAAUACGACUGGACAAUUUUCAUACCAAGAAGGAGAUAAUAAUUUUCGUGCAGUUGAUCAAGUUUGUUCAAUUGAAAGUAAACAUGCUGAUAUAAGCCAUGACUUAUCGAUUGGAGAACAAUUGAAGUUGUUGCAAAAUUCGUACUCAAUUCGAAUGAUUAUUGACAUUGAACAAUAA